AUGGCGCGCCUCCACGACACGUCGCUCGACAAGGCGCCGGCGGGCGGCGUCGACGUCGCCGCGCGGCCGCUCGUCGCCGCCGUCAACGCGCACGCGCGCUACUUCACGACGUCGACCUGCGCCGGCCGCUGCGCCGUCUACGCGUCGCCCGCGGGCCGCGGCGACCAGAAGCGGCGCGGCAAGUGGCUCUUCAUGAGCCACGACGGCGUAGCUUCGGCGGACGUCGCGCGGUGCCUCGACGCCAUCGCCGCGGAAGCGAAGCGGAGCGGCGAGGCCUGGACCUGCGCCCUCAAGUACGAGCCGCCCAUCGCCCACGUGCGCUGCGCGUCCCUGGACGCGGCGAAGCGGCUCCUCGUCGUCGCCGUCGGCUGCGGCUACCGCGAGAGCGGCUGCACUUUGACGCCCGGCGCGCCGGCCGUCGCCGUGCGGUCC